CAGCGCUAGGCAGCCUCUGCGGCUGACAGAAAAGGUCCCCGGCUUUCCCAGUGACUUGCGGUUCCCCGGAGGACCCCAGGCUGGCGCGCAUGCGCCUGGGGCUCCUGAUGUUUCUGCCGCUACUGCUGCUGGCAACCCGGUACCGGGCCGUGACAGCCCUUAGCUAUGACCCCACGUGGGAGUCUCUGGACAGACGCCCGCUGCCAGCCUGGUUCGACCAGGCCAAGUUCGGCAUCUUCAUCCACUGGGGAGUGUUUUCCGUGCCCAGCUUUGGUAGUGAAUGGUUCUGGUGGUAUUGGCAAAAGGAAAGGAGACCCAAGUUUGUGGACUUUAUGGACAAUAAUUAUCCCCCUGGCUUUAAGUAUGAAGAUUUUGGAGUGUUAUUUACAGCCAAGUAUUUUAACGCAAACCAAUGGGCAGAUCUUCUCCAGGCCUCUGGUGCCAAAUAUGUGGUCUUAACUUCCAAACAUCAUGAAGGAUUCACUCUGUGGGGUUCGGCCCAUUCUUGGAAUUGGAACGCGGUCGAUGAGGGGCCGAAGAGGGACAUCGUCAAGGAGCUUGAGGUGGCUGUGAGGAACAGGACUGACUUGCACUUUGGUCUGUACUAUUCUCUUUUUGAAUGGUUCCACCCACUCUUUCUGGAGGAUCAAUCCAGCGCGUUCCAGAAGCAGCGGUUUCCCGUUGCUAAGACGUUGCCUGAGCUCUAUGAGUUGGUGACCAAGUACCAGCCGGAAGUUCUGUGGUCAGACGGAGAUGGGGGAGCGCCAGAUCACUACUGGAAUAGUACUGACUUCUUGGCCUGGCUCUAUAACGAAAGCCCAGUUCGGGACACAGUAGUCACCAAUGAUCGCUGGGGAGCUGGCUCUAUCUGCAAACACGGUGGUUACUAUACUUGCAGUGACCGUUAUAAUCCCGGACAUCUCUUGCCACACAAGUGGGAGAACUGCAUGACAAUAGACAAGUUCUCCUGGGGCUACAGACGGGAGGCUGAAAUCGGUGACUAUCUUACCAUUGAAGAAUUGGUGAAGCAACUUGUGGAAACGGUCUCAUGUGGAGGAAAUCUCCUGAUGAAUAUUGGCCCCACACUAGAUGGCAUCAUUCCUGUAAUUUUUGAGGAGCGCUUAAGGCAAAUGGGAACCUGGCUGAAAGUCAACGGGGAAGCUAUUUAUGAAACACAUACUUGGAGGUCUCAGAACGACACCGUCACUCCUGACGUGUGGUACACAUCUAAACCUGAGAAGAAAUUAGUCUAUGCUAUUUUUCUGAAAUGGCCCAUCUCUGGAAAGCUGUUUCUUGGACAACCCAUAGGUAGUCUGGGGGAAACAGAGGUAGAACUACUGGGCCACGGACGGCCACUGACUUGGACAUCUUCAAAGCCAAGCGGCAUUGUGGUGGAGUUGCCCCGGCUAAGCGUUCAUCAGAUGCCCUGUAAAUGGGGAUGGACUCUGGCACUAACCAAUGUCACUUAACCUGCAGCAGACAGAUGCGUUCUACAGGAGCCUCUAACCACAGGAAACGUCAGGGUUUCCUUUUUUUGUUGUUGUUGUUGUUACACUAAAGAGACUAAAUGAUAUAAAAAUGAUAUAAAAACUGAAGCCAUUA